AUGUUGUUGCUGCCUCUCACUGCAGCAGCAGCAACAGCAGCAACAGCAGCUGCAACGGCAGCAGCAGCAGCAGCAGCAAGUCUCGCACGCGAAUGCUGCCUGGCCUUUGGGUGGAAGCUGCCUAUACACCUGAAACAGCAGCAGAAGGGCGCACCUCUUCUCAGAGCAGCAGCAGCAGCAGCAGCAACAAGUGAGCUACAAGCAGCAGCAGCAGCAGCAGCGGCAGCAGUCUACGGAGCAGCAAACAUUAGGGAAAAGAGACACCCUGCGAUGCUGCUGCAGCAAGAGUUUCUUGAUGGCUCUAGGCCCUUAACGAAGCAGCAGGAGCGGCAGCUGGAACUGCUGCAGGAAGAAGCAGCAGCAGAGAGGUGCAGCGCCGAAGCAGGCAGCAGCCAGAAGCAGCAGCGGCCGCCGCUAGAAGGAGACACUGCAGCAGCAAGAGGCGUGGAGACUCCUUUGGAGGGAGACAAGUUGGCUGCAGGAGGCCUGGUCCGAGGGUUUAGGGUUUAG